AUGACUGUUCAGGAGUGUAGCACUUUAUCAUUGGCAGUACAGCUUCAACACCAUGCUCGACAUCACCUUCCUACAUUUCAGUUGAUCUUUGUACAUGUCAUUGAAUCACUGGUCUUUGUUCCUAUUAUGAUUGGCAUUCUGUUUUUCCUUUUUGAGUUUUAUGAUGAUCAGCUUCUUGCUUUUAUGGUCUUGAUUCUUGUCUGGUUGUGUGAGCUAUUUACUCUUAUUAGUGUCCGAACACCAAUAUCAAUGAAGUUCUUCCCCCGCUUCUUUCUGCUGUAUUUUUUGGUCUUUCACAUAUAUUUCUUCUCUUAUGCUUAUGGGUUUUCAUAUUUGGCUCUCUCUACAACUGCAGCUUUUAUGCAACACCUUAUCCUCUAUUUUUGGAAUCGGUUUGAGGUACCAGCAUUGCAAAGGUUUGUGCAAAAUCGACGGUCACAACUUCAACAACACCCAGACUUCCAUAUUACCUCAUCUACUAUUCUUGCAUCAACACUACACAUCACAAGACUGAACACAAGGAACCAGGGAGUAAAUGCCACAAAUAUGCCUUCUGGGACAGGGUUCAGACCUGGUUUUGAUCAAUCAAUGCCUCAGAACGGAACAGGAGUUACUGAGCCUCAAGGACAGUCAGAAAGUAACCCUGCACAUAUUCCUGGGCAAGCUGAAAGGGGUCCCAACCCUGGAUCCAUGAAUCUUAGUUCUAUGCUAUUAUGGAUAUUAGGAGGUGCUUCAUCUGAAGGCCUCAGCUCAUUUCUUUCCAUGUUCAGAGAUGCGAGGGACCAAGGACAAGUUUAUACCGAAGCUCCUAGGCAUGAUAACAGUGAGAAUCAGGAGAGUGACAGACAAUGA